CUGCGGAUGUCCUGCAUUUCAGAGAAGGAAGGGCAGUAGACUUCUAAUCCCCUUUACAGAUCAAUGAGUCACUCAGCUGCCAUUCAGAAUAUAUUAUAUGUGCACCUCUUUCAGAAGGCGAGGAUAUUCUUUCACUUAACUCCUGACGACUGACCGUGCUUCCAGUGCUCCCUUCAGCUAAACUGCUGUCACUAAAAGGAAUUAAGGGAUUUCUGCCCCACUAACUCUCAGCGAGGACAGCCGGGCCGUAAGAAUGAAGAGGUUUCUGAAAGUCUUGCUAAUUCUUGUCGUGAUGGAGGAAGUUGUGUCUCAAAACAAACGUGCUAACAAAGUUAACUCCAGGAUUCCAACACGCAACAGAAAACCCCAGCAGACGAACAUUGAGGAGGGUCCAACUGGUGUCAAGGAAGAACCAAAUGCUACUUACCCUUCCAUUGUAAACCCAUUGGUUCAAACAAGAAUUCCAACAUCAGUACCACAGCCUAACCAAAAGUAUUCUGAAGAUAUGAAGCUUUAUUUUUUGAAGAACACAAUGACAGCCUGCAACGAUGGUACAACAGCUGGGUAUUAUUUAAGAGAAGCAAAAGGAAAUAAACGAUGGAUCAUAUUUUUGGAAGGAGGUUGGUGCUGUUACAACAAGGAAACAUGUGAUGUUAGAUAUAAAAGUGCCAAGCGUUUAAUGAGUUCCUCUGAAUGGCCACCUACCAGGAAAGGUACAGGAAUUCUGUCAGCUAAACAUAGUGAAAAUCCUCACUGGUGGAAUCUCAAUGCUGUGUUUGUGCCUUACUGCUCUAGUGAUAUCUGGAGUGGGAACGUAUCUAAAUCACAAAGCGACUAUGCUUUCAUGGGCUCAAUGAUCAUUCAGGAGGUGAUUCGAGAUUUAGUGCCAAAGGGUAUUAAGCAAGCCAAAGUCAUCAUCCUGGCUGGAUCGAGUGCUGGUGGUGCCGGAGUCCUGAUGAAUAUUGACAGAGUGACUGCCAUGGUGGAAGAGCUGACCGGCGAUAAUGGCCAAGUCCGGGGUCUCAUUGAUUCUGGAUGGUUUAUUGACCCUAAAAAUGCAAAACCCUCUGAUUGUGCAGAUGCCACCAUGUGCGCUAUAACUGAUGCCAUCAAAAAAGGAUUAACGCUCUGGAAUGGAGUCCUUCCUGAGAAAUGUAAAGAGCAGUUUAACCGAGGGGAUGAGUGGCAAUGCUUCUAUGGCCCCAAGUUAUAUAAAUCCAUGAAAUCUCCAAUCUUUCUCGUUCAGUGGCUGUAUGAUGAGGAGCAGCUAAGAAUGGAAAAUAUUCAGCCAGAAUUCCGAUCCAUGACUGCGAACCAGUGGAACAACAUACAGAACAUUGGACGAGAGCUUAAGAAAUCACUGCGUGAAGUGCCGGCUGUGUUUGCUCCAGCUUGCUUCUCCCACACACUUAUAACAAAAAGUAAUUGGAUGGAGGUCCAGGUCAAGAGUGUGUCAUUGCCAAGAGCUUUACAUUGCUGGGAGAAAAGCCUCCAGGAUAACAGAAGUUCCAGAACCGGAAUGCGUGGAUGUCCCUUCCAUCUCAUCGACAACUGUCAGUGGCCUCACUGCAACCCCACCUGCCCUGCUCUACACGACCAUGUAUCACGCCAGGCAAUGAACAUAUUGCAACUAGUCCUUCAAAUGGGCAUGGAGAACCAGAGAAAGGGAUUAGAGUCCAAAGGAGAUCUAAGCCAGCUAAUAGCAAUGCUGAGGAAUGCUGGCUAAAGAAUGAUUUGCAGAACGUUAUAUUUCAUGGUCAGUUCCUGCUGACAAGAAAGGCUUCUUGAAUUUAAAUACAUUGUCAUUUAAAUAUAGCCUAGAACGUAAACAUCUGAUGAGGAUAAGGUGGUUUUAAUGUACGUUCAAUUGUUCAAUUAAUUAUGGAUAUUUGGGAGGGGGAACUCUUUAGACAAACUAUAUUCACUGUGAUAAACACUCCAAAGACACCACAAAGAACCCUAAGGAUCUACACAAGACAUCUUCAAGCAUCUGUCUGUGUUCAGGAUAUAACUUUGUAAGUUUGGCAGCUAAUCUAUAGCUGGAUAAUAGUAGCUAAAUAGGUAAAACUGGAAAGCUGAAAGGUGCGUUUUCCACUUUUUUAUUUUAGAAAAUUAAAGUCCAGGUUUUUUUAUAUAGUGGAGUGGAAUUGGGUGAAUUUAGUUUACCUCUACAUUGUCUAUCUUGAUUCUAAAAUGUAUGACAACACAGCUGUAAUGGAUGGGAUGGGCACCUGCACAAAACAAGAUUAUUUGUAUAAUAUUUACAUAUACAUACACUAUUUGUUACAGUGAAGCAGUGCGUCAAUAUGUACAUAUAUAGUGCUGGAUUUAAAAAAAA